GGACGCACGCGUCUAAGCUACCGCGGGGACUCGACAGUGACUGGCGGAGCCUGCGAUUUCCACCAGCUGCUCGCCUGGAACCCGUCUGCAGCCACCAUGUCGGGCAGGAACAACAACAAGCUGCCCAGCAACCUGCCGCAGUUACAGAACCUGAUCAAGCGGGACCCGCCGGCCUACAUCGAGGAGUUCCUCCAGCAGUAUAAUCACUAUAAAUCCAAUAUGGAGAUUUUCAAGUUACAGCCAAAUAAACCCAGCAAAGAACUGGCAGAGCUGGUGAUGUUUAUGGCGCAGAUUGCCCACUGCUACCCGGAACAUCUCAGUAGCUUCCCACAGGAGCUGAAGGAGCUGCUCUCCUACAACCACACCGUCUUGGACCCGGAUCUCCGCAUGACAUUUUGCAAAGCGUUGAUCUUGCUGAGAAAUAAAAAUCUCAUCAAUCCAUCAAGUUUGCUGGAGCUCUUCUUCGAGCUUCUGCGCUGCCAUGACAAGCUCCUGCGGAAGACGCUGUACACACACAUCGUGACCGACGUCAAGAACAUAAAUGCCAAGCACAAGAACAAUAAAGUGAAUGUGGUGCUGCAGAAUUUCAUGUACACCAUGCUGAGAGACAGCAACGCGACUGCAGCCAAGAUGUCGCUGGAUGUCAUGAUCGAGCUCUACAGAAGGAACAUCUGGAAUGAUGCUAAAACUGUCAAUGUUAUUACAACUGCCUGUUUCUCCAAGGUCACCAAGAUAUUGGUUGCUGCUUUGACCUUCUUCCUUGGGAAAGAUGAGGAAGAGAAACAGGACAGUGACUCGGAAUCUGAGGAUGAAGGACCCACGGCAAGAGACCUGCUGGUGCAGUAUGCCACGGGGAAGAAGGGCUCCAAAAACAAGAAGAAGUUGGAAAAGGCAAUGAAAGUGCUGAAGAAACAAAAGAAGAAGAAGAAACCAGAAGUGUUUAACUUUUCAGCUAUUCAUUUGAUUCAUGAUCCCCAAGACUUUGCGGAGAAGCUCCUGAAGCAGCUGGAGAGCUGUAAGGAGAGGUUUGAAGUGAAGAUGAUGCUCAUGAACCUCAUCUCCAGAUUGGUGGGGAUUCACGAGCUUUUCCUCUUCAACUUCUACCCUUUUGUGCAAAGGUUUCUGCAGCCCCACCAGAGAGAAGUCACGAAGAUCCUUCUGUUUGCUGCACAAGCCUCUCAUCACCUGGUGCCACCAGAGAUCAUUCAGUCAUUGCUCAUGACGGUGGCCAACAAUUUUGUUACUGACAAGAACUCUGGGGAAGUCAUGACUGUAGGAAUCAAUGCUAUAAAGGAAAUAACAGCUCGAUGUCCUUUGGCCAUGACUGAGGAACUUCUCCAGGACCUGGCUCAGUACAAGACACACAAAGAUAAGAAUGUAAUGAUGUCUGCCAGAACUUUGAUUCAUCUCUUCCGGACACUGAACCCUCAGAUGCUGCAGAAGAAGUUCCGGGGUAAACCUACUGAAGCCUCCAUUGAAGCAAGAAUACAAGAAUAUGGAGAGUUAGAUGCUAAAGAUUACAUUCCAGGAGCAGAGGUUCUAGAGAUUGAGAAAGAAGAGGAUACAGAAAAUGACGAAGAUGGAUGGGAGAGCGCCAGCCUCAGCGGGGAGGAGGAGGAUGGUGAGUGGGUUGACGUGCACCACUCUUCUGACGAAGAGCAGCAGGAAACUGCCAAGAAGCUGGAGAGUAUGCCCAUGGAGGAGCGGAAAGCCAAAGCUGCAGCCAUCAGCACGAGUCGGGUGUUAACACAGGAUGACUUCCAGAAAAUCCGCAUGGCGCAGCUGAAGAAGGAGAUGGAUGCUGCCCCCGGGAAAGCCCAGAAAAGGAAAUUCAUAGACAUCGACAGCGACGAGGAGUCCAGGGGUGAAUUGCUGUCUCUUCGAGACAUUGAACGCCUUCAUAAAAAGCCCAAGUCUGACAAGGAGACAAGACUAGCAACCGCCAUGGCAGGAAGGACAGAUCGAAAGGAAUUUGUGAGGAAGAAAACCAAAAUAAAUCCAUUUUCCAGUUCCACAAAUAAAGAGAAGAAGAAGCAGAAGAACUUUAUGAUGAUGCGGUACAGCCAGAAUGUCCGGUCAAAGACCAAGCGCUCCUUCCGGGAGAAGCAGCUAGCACUACGAGAUGCACUUUUGAAAAAGAGGAAAAGAAUGAAGUAGCAUAGCAGCAAGUUACCGUUUCCUGCCAGCGCUGUGUGUAUUGACAUGCCGAAGAUUAGUAAAUAUUUGCUUACCUUAAAAGGAUAAGAGACACUAUAUUUUGGAAACCGCAGUAGCAGUUGUAGCAAUUUGGUAUUUUUAAUUUGGAGGUGGGGCUGGUGGGAUUGUGAAUGUAAAUAGUAGUGGUGUUAAGAUCUCCUUUCUAACUGAGAGCAAUAGCAAGUGCCUACUAAUUGCUGCAUGCACAGCUGAGUGAGCAGAGCCCCACUGAGGGCAGGUGUAUAUGCCGUGUUUAUAGUGAGCUUGUAAGUAGUUCCUUGUGGCUGUUGGUCCGGAUUCCUGGAGUCGCUGGGCUCCUGGAUGAACUGCGGGAUGGGAGUCGUACAUGCUCUGCAAACAGGACAGUGUUACAAGAGUAAGAGGUUCUUACUUGUAAAUAGGCUUGCCUGCUAAACAGGCUCCUGCUGUACAGACCAUGUCUUCUUCUUUCUUUUCAAUGUUAAGAGUUGGCUAAGACCCCAUUUUUCAAAUUGCCUUAAGUUUAAAUAGUGAUUUUGAAAUACCUAGCAGGGUGCGGAGGCACAUGCCCAUAAUCCCAACAUUCAGAAAGCUAAGGCAGAAGGCUCAUGGUUUUAGAACCAGCUUGGAACAUACUGAGUUAGUUCAGGGGCAGCCUGGGCUCAUAGUGAAACCCCAACCAGAAACACAGACCCUUUGAGCUUUCCGUUUGUGCGGCCUGUUCUCUGCUGUCUGUUGCUGGGGUUUGGUUGUCUGUGCAGCCUGCUCUCUCUGUUCUCUGCCGUCUGUUGCUGUUGGGGUUUGUAUUCCAGCCCCGGGUGCCUGCUCUGCACUGGUUUGAUCAGUUCCCUUCAUUCUCAGUCCAUUGUUUACCUUGUUCUCAAACCAAAGCUACACGUUUUUAAUGUCAGCUAGGUGUGUGCAGUGGACAGUCACGCUUGAGUCCCGUGUGAGACACAGUCUGCGUGCAGGCUGCUGGGUUUAGAAAUAGUCUGGUGCCUUUUGCCUCAGCCAUCUUAGGUCGUCCUCUAAUGAAAAAUGUCUAUGCUUGGAUUGGAGGAACGGCAGUUCUCCGCCCCUCGGGAUUGGUAGCAGCUUUUCCUUUCCCCUUUCAUUGUUCUGUUCGGUUGCUGAGCUCAACUUUGGUUUUCUUUUCCCCUGUCACUUUUCCCCCAUGGUGGCCCGGGUCCCUGGUAGGGGAUUGCCCCGCAGCCUCACCCCAGCACAGCUGUGGAGGAAGUGUCCAGUACAGACUGUGUCAGACCUGAAAAAGCUCUCCACUUUUCUUCUCGUGUUCUUUGGGCGUCUCCUUGUGCAUCGGCUCUGAAAUCAGCUGCAAGAGUCCAGCUGCAGCUGUGCUCUGUGGCCUCUCAACUCCUCCUGCCCCACCUCCCAGCUGCUCACUACCAUGUCUACUUUCUGGGCUACUAGGGCUCAUACUCAGGCCUUGGCAUUUUAAUCCAGAAUACCAGCUCAUUACCUCUAUAGCAUUAGCAGAUUUCACUGGUAAAGAAGCGCCGGACAAGACAGUCUCAGCUCUUCUCUGCCACAUCCCUGUGCUAGCCAGGUGUCUCCUGUAGUGUGGAGGGUACAGGUACAGCGCAUGCUCGAGCCUGAUUAACCCUGCUGCCAAGGCUGUCUGUAAAUGUCACACCGCCUACCUCUCUUUUAGUAAAUUGUGUUUUGGUGGUUUCCCCCGCUUCCUUCUUUUUUCUUAUAAUAGUUAAGAUGCUGUGUUUAUUUUAACUAUCAAGUCCAGUGUCUAGGCAGCUAGUUUAAAGUACAUGUCAACUGUCCACUAUGUACAAGCACUGUUAGGUGGUUGUGGCUGCACAAACCACAUUUGUGUUCCAUGAAGAUAGCUGUGAUGAUCCAGUCACUUCACAGUGGGCACACACUGAGCCUUCACACUGCACCAUAAUCCAUGUGCCCGGUGCCCGCCGUGGGCAGGGCAGCACUGUAGAAAACUUGUUCUUGAGUCCUGUGCUUAAGAUGUAAUAGUCUUGGUGUGAUUUUUAAAGGUUCUAGUUAAUGUAAAUUUUGGGUUUUUUUUAUAUUCUAAUCAUUGAAAAUUUGUAAUGUAUAUAGAGUAUUACAUUGAAAUUCUAUUUUAACUAAAACAUUUGUUUUGAGUGUUCUUUUUUAAUCCAUUUUAAGUAACAUAUUUUUAAACUGUAUAUAGGCAAUAGUGCUAUCCUAAAGAGCAUCCUCUCAUUAAUCCUUCCCCUGAUUUUGGAGUGUGUUUUCUGAGAUUUAGGAAAGUUUAACCAGACAUGGUGACAUAACCUAUUAUCCCAGUACUUGGGAGAAUGAUGAAGGGCAGGGAGUUGCUGUGAGUUUGAGGCCGGUCUGGCCUACUUAAUGAGAUAACAAAACCCUGUCUCGGGGAAGGGGACAUGAAAUGAAGAAGAAUAGAGAGAUCUGGACUACAGGAAGGAAGCUGGCAGCACCUGGAACACUAGGCCCGGUCCGGGUUCCGGGGCCCCUUUCCUGGUCGUUUUCACUUCUGUUUAAAGGUGCAGAGGGAAGCAGAGGCCACUACUGCUUCUGCUGCGGGUGAAUUGCAUGCACAUAGAGCUCUAUGUGUUAAUUUCUCUCGCAGAUUCUGCUUGUAUGUUUUAUUAGCUAAGGUUAAAGUAUGAAAGGUAUUUGCUGUAGAAUCUGGUAUGUGUGUGGGAUAUUAUAAGAACAUGCAGGAAAUGCCAAAUCUUCGGGCAGGGGUUGGGAUCAUGUGUAAGAUGUGUUAUCUUUUCUUUCUGAGUCUGGCAUGGUGUAUGUUUUUACUUAUGGCAUUGUGUAAAAAAACAAAGAGAGACAUGGAAUAAAGGUACAUGGAGGAUCA